UCUUGUUCUACAGUAUAUAACUCUACAUCUAACCUGACUAGUAAUGUCCUCUUGUUCUACAGUAUAUAACUCUACAUCUCUUUUCAGGUGCCAUAUUUGUGGACGACCAUAAGGAUCAAGUCAUUCAGAGGGUUACCAAGGUGAUGCCCAUCAUGUAUGAGCUGUUCUAUGAGUUGUACUGUAACACCAGGAUCAACCAGAUGACCAGACAGGACCAGAUGAGACAGUUGUACAAGGCCCUAGAAGAAGCAGAAGACACAAGAAGGGUGAAAUCAGACUUUUACAGGAUUCUACUGGAUCUGGAACCUGACAUUGUCAAAGACCUGGGACCAGAUUCAAAUGAGACGGAAUUCCUUGACCUUUGUCGACUUAAUAAAAACCUGUGUGUACUGCUGGACAAGGUCACAAGAGAGAGGGAGAAGGUUAGAAAACAGAGGGAUGAUGCCUUAAGAGAGGUCAGAAUAGAGAGGGAUGGACUCAAAGAAGAACUGAGGAAAGCUAAAGAGACCAUCCAAUCCCUCUCCACCUCUCCAGGAGGUCAACGGGAAACACAGAAUCCUUCCCAAAAGUCUGAGAGGAUUGAAGGGAUGGAGUCUUUACCUGGUUCAGGGAGGAAGUCUGCUCCUGAGAUGGAGAUGGAGUCUUUACCUGGUUCAGGGAGGAAGUCUGCUCCUGAGAUGGAGAUGGAGUCUUUACCUGGUUCAGGGAGGAAGUCUGCUCCUGAGAUGGAGAUGGAGUCUUUACCUGGUUCAGGGAGGAAAUCUGCUCCUGGUUCAGGGAGGAAGUCUGCUCCUGAGAUGGAGAUGGAGUCUUUACCUGGUUCAGGGAGGAAGUCUGCUCCUGGUUCAGGGAGGAAGUCUGCUCCUGAGAUGGAGAUGGAGUCUUUACCUGGUCCAGGGAGGAAGUCUGCUCCUGGUUCAGGGAGGAAGUCUUCUCCUGGUUCAGGGAGGAAGUCUGCUCUUGGUUCAGGGAGGAAGUCUGCUCCUGGUUCAGGGAGGAAGUCUGCUCCUGGUUCAGGGAGGAAGUCUGCUCCUGAGAUGGAGUCUUUACCUGGUUCAGGGUCUUUACCUGAGAAGAAGCCUUUACUGGGUCCUCGACCACAGAAUGAUAAUCUGGAUGAGCUGGAGAGGGGAGGAAGAGUUACUAUAGACAAUAACUAUAUGCUAUAGGGUUACUAUAGAGAGACUAUAACUAUAGAGAGACUAUAACUAUAGAGAGACUAUAACUAUAGAGCUGAGUUACUAUA